AUGAAAGCUACUACUCUUGGAGGAGUUCGAAUCCAAGAGGGCGAAAAUGUAUGCGCCGAUACUCUCACAAUCCACUUCAAUCGAGAACUUUGGGGGGACGAUGCUGAUGAUUUCCGACCGGAAAGAUGGCUUGAGCAGUCCGAUCGUCCAUCGGCUGCAUUCCUGUCAUUUGGCCUCGGCCCAAGGCAGUGCAUAGGAAUGCGGCUUGCUCUGAUGGAGGAAAAGCUAGUGCUCGCUCAUCUCCUCCAACGAUACAAUAUCGUUGCAACUUGUGAUACUGAGGAGGCCUUGUCCCUCACAGGUUCGAUGACAUUCGCUCCGAAGUCUGUUACCGUUCAACUGCAACGGAGGUCUCGCCUCUGA